UCCAAAGCCAGGAGCUCUCCUGAAACCCCAGUGAACGUCUGUCCCCCCCCCUCCUCCCCGAGGAAGAAUGGCCGCGGCGUUAAGCUCUUUAGCCAGGCGUCGGGAGUGAAAGCCUGUGUUUUUUAAGAGCUGACGUUUGAACAAGCAGUGAGGUUCUGGAAGGAGGGAUGCCGGUGGAAAGCGGGAGCGGUGCCUCUGCCCGCCAGACCAAACAGAAGAGGAAGUCCCAUAGUCUGUCCAUCCGCAGGACCAACAGCACAGAGCAGGAGCGCCCCAGCCUGCAGAGGGAGAUGCUAGAGGGGCAGGAUUCAAAACUCCCGCUGUCGCUCAGGAGCAACCUUCUGGAUCUGUUCGGUCAGAUUGAGAGAGAGUUUGAGAAUCUCUACAUUGAAAACCUUGAACUGCGGCGAGAGAAUGAAACCCUGAAUGACCGGCUGACAGCAGAAGGACAGACUGUUGAUGGGGGAGAUUUGGCCAAAGGAGCCCUGAAAACGAAAGCCAGUCAUAGCACGAGCCAGCUGUCCCAGAAACUAAAGACCACCUACAAGGCUUCUACCAGCAAGCCGCGCUCAAAUUCUUGCCAUGCCAGAGUAGGUGGAUCCCGCAACUUCAGCGUAACCAGCUGGGAGUUGUGGGGUGGAGACUCAUGGAUCGUGUCCAGUUUCAAGGCCACCACAUCCAGAGCGGUGUGCCAGCUGGUGAGGGAGUAUGUGGGCCACAGGGACGGCAUCUGGGACCUGAGUGUCACCAGAACCCAGCCAAUGGUGCUGGGCACAGCGUCCGCAGACCACAGUGCCAUGCUGUGGAGCAUCGAGACGGGGAGAUGUCUGCUCAAGUAUGUCGGCCACCAGGGAUCAGUCAACUCAAUCAAGUUCCAUCCCACUGAGCAGAUGGCUCUAACAGCCUCCGGAGACCAGACGGCUCACAUCUGGAGAUACAUGGUGCAGCUGCCCACCCCUCAGCCUGUGGCUGACAUUAGUCAGCUGCCAUGCGAGGACGACGUGGACUUCUCAGACAAAGACGAGGCGGACGGUGAGGCCGAGGGACCCAAUGACUGCCCGUCGGUGCGAGUGGCCAUCACUACCCUGCGUAGCCACCAGGGGGUGGUGAUCGCCGCUGACUGGCUGGUGGGGGGCAGGCAGGCGGUGACUGCUUCCUGGGACAGAGCCGCCAACCUGUACGACGUGGAGACGUCUGAACUGGUCCACUCCCUCACUGGCCAUGACCAGGAGCUGACCCACUGCUGCACCCACCCGACCCAGCGGCUGGUGGUCACCGCGUCCAGGGACACCACCUUCAGGCUGUGGGACUUCAGAGAUCCCUCUAUCCACUCUGUCAACGUGUUCCAGGGACACACCGACACAGUGACGUCCGCCGUCUUCACGGUGGGAGACAACGUGGUGUCUGGGAGUGAUGACCGGACCGUCAAGGUUUGGGACCUCAAGAAUAUGAGGUCGCCCAUAGCCACCAUCCGCACUGACUCCGCCGUCAACAGGAUCAGUGUGUCGGUGAACCAGAGAAUCAUCGCUCUCCCUCACGACAAUCGGCAGGUCCGGCUGUUCGAUAUGUCAGGGGUCCGGUUGGCUCGACUCCCACGCAGUAACAGACAGGGUCACCGCCGCAUGGUGUGCUGCUCGGCCUGGUGUGAGGACAACUCCUCCUGCAACCUGUUCACCUGCGGCUUCGACCGGCAGGCCAUUGGCUGGAACAUCAACAUCCCUGCCCUCCUCCAGGAGAAAUGACAAGUCCUGCCUCCCGCUGGCCCCUGGGGGCGAGCGCUCCACCCACAACCCGCCAGGAGUCCAUCCCAUGGGUCAAACACUCCCCGGGCUGAGGGAUAGCUCUCUCUCUGUCUCUCUCUCUCUGCAUCUCUCUCUACCCUGCUCUCUCCCUUGCUUCAGUAUGCACAUCUAAAUCCCUUGUACCCCAGUAUGUGUAUGUUAGUCUUUGUGUGUGUAUGUGUGUGUUUCAGUGUGCAUACAUACCCACACACAAACUUGUGUGCUUUCACUGUGCGGUUGAGUUUCCUGCCUGCCGGAGCAAUCUC